ACGUAUUAACUAUGGUUUCCAUAGCUAGUUGAUGCAGGAUCAAUCAGAUCAUCUUGAUCAUUAGGUGUAUUUUGACAUCUUUUAUAAUUCUUGCGGGAAUGCCUCUAGGGCUUUAGAGGAAUGUGGAAUCUGAAGAGAAUGGCCAAUCAAUUAGAAGUUAGAACCUACGAACUGGUGUCAGUUUUUCCUCUCCGCUUAACGAGGGGUCUCAGGAUUUUCAAAACAAGUAGCUACCUUGUCAGUUAUAAAAUGGAUCUGAUAAGUGAGUUGCCUGAAGCGCUGCUCUUGAGAAUAUUGUCGCUGCUGCCUGCGCAAGAUGUUGCGUCCACGAUGCUAUUAUCUAAACGAUGGCGUUUUCUUUUUACGUCUGUGCCAAGACUUGAAUAUGAUGACAACUACCAUAGUAUUGAAUACGGAAGAUUUUCCCGCUUCGUAGACAGGUUUUUGUUUCUGCACGAGGCUCCUGCGAUUGUGAUAGAAACUUUGCAUUUCAAACUUGGUAAAAACUGUGGUGCUGAAGAUAUCCGAGUGUGUAUUAGAGCUGCAGAUAAAUGCUGUGUGCGUGAGCUGAUCUUCGAAAUCGACGGUGGUUUGGCGUCUAGUGAAUCUCCACCCAUAGUACUUCCAAGUAGCUUGUACGCGGGGUGUAGAAUGCUUGUGACUUUGAAACUAAGUAAAGUGAUCCUUGAAGAUGUCUCUUCCUCGAUUUCUUUCCCAUCUCUUAAAACUCUGAGCCUUUUAUCUGUGGAGUACCCUGGUGAUGAAUUCGUCAGUAGACUUUUAUCCAGUUGUCAUGUUCUUGAAGUCUUGCAUGUGGAGCAAUGUCCAUCCGACAACGUGACUGUUUUCACCGUAAGAGUGCCUUCUCUAAAGAGUUUGGUCUUGCAUGCAUUAGAUGAUGAUGAUGAUGAUGAUGAUGAUGAUGAUGGGUUUGUGAUAGAUACUCCAUCAUUGGAGUGGUUGGACAUUGUCGAUCACAGGGAAGGGUUUUGCAUCAUUGAGAAUGGUAUGCCUAAGAUUAUGACGGCACGUUUGGACGUCAUUUAUUCGCAUUCUGGGGAGACUAUGCGUUCUAUUACUUCAGUCAAGCGUCUCGAUUUAUGUUUAUUAACUUCAGAGAAUGAGUAUCCUUCUGGUAGCGUCUUCUCCUGUCUUGUACAUUUAAAGAUAUGCACAUGUGACACAGAGUGGAUGAGUCUACUUAUGUGUAUGCUCAGACAUUCCCCUAAUCUAAAAUCUCUCAGACUCGAAGAGUGCCAUCUCGUCGAGACUUCUGACCCGCGUCCCUGUUGGAGUGAACCGAACUCAGUUCCUGAAUGUCUGUUAUCGAGUCUUGAAGCUUUUGAAUGGGUACAUUAUGAAGGAACAGAAGAAGAAAAAAAACUAGUGGCAUUCAUCUUAAGAAGCGCGAGAUGUUUAAAAAAAGUAACCAUCUGCUCUAGCUCAACAAAGAUUUGUUGUUGUUGUUGUUGGUUCUUGGCAAAAAAAAAAAGAUUUGUUGUUGGCUUUUUUUGUUUUUUUUUUGCCUUUUUGCCUUUGUUUUUUUUAAAACAUUCAUUCACUCCAUCUUUUGUUUUUCCCAUAAAGGGAACCUUUUACAAGAUGUGUUGGGUAGAGAAAUUGUAAACACAAGAUACAUAUAAUUUAAGAAACUAGCUUGACGCAAUAGAGUGGGUGAUGCUCUCUG